AUGAAUUAAUCAGCAGGCAACAACUCUACCUUAAAACGAAGAAAUUUCUUUCAAGAGGAUGAAAAUAGUGUAUCAAGGCUAGUACACUUCUUUAAAAAGAGAAUUUUCACAGCUAAUCAUUUAAUGAUAAAAGCCUUUCAUCUGCACCCAUUUCUUCUCUUUCUCAUUUUGAUUUUUGAAUAUUUGCAAUUUGCUUAUUAUGCACUUCAUAAAAUUCAAAUAACUGAUAACUUCCACAGUCACUCUCAACAAUCCGGCUAAACAGAAGAUAAUUUAGUGACGAGUCAAGGUAAAUAGGCGCUUAGAAAUUAUGAGAUAGCCCUAUACUCUCAUCUAGCUAUCUUCAUUAUUUUGAUUAUUUGGAUGCUCUUGGUUGGCAGCUAGAGAGUUAUGAGGGCGGAAGAAUUCCACUCUGAAGGAAAGACAAAUAGUAAUGAUUUAAUAGCUUCAAAUUUCAAAAACAAAGAUAAAAGUUAAAAUGGCCAUGACUCUGUCUAGCAAUUAAAUACUGAUAGAAGAACAUACAUGAGCGCUCCCUAUUAGCAUUUACUAUUAGGCUGUGUUGUGUUUGUGGUUACAAAUUUAUUCAUAAUGCCUACAUUUUUCCUUUAUUCAACAAUAAUAAAUUGCGAUAAGCUCGAACAGCUGGGAACAUAUAUAGAAAAUGGCGUAGAGUAUAGCGAUUUCGUAUGCUUAUCAAAAGAACAUAUCAUAAUGAUCUCUACUGCUUCAUUUCUAAUGAUGAUUGCACUCAUUUUUAUUGUGAUAGAAUCAUUACUAUUCUAAGAUUUAAAUAUGAAAUCUAAUUUGCCUUGGAGACAAGUGCCAUCUAGAAUCCAUUUAUUUAAGAUUCUCAAGAAAAUUGUAGUAUCUUUCUAUAACUUCUAAAUAAUGACUGAUAAACCAAUUGCAUUAGGCUGGAAAUUUGAAAGGCUUUUCAAUUCAGACAGACAUUCUUUAAAAGAACUUGGCUCUGAUAUUGCAGCUGAGGCAUAUUUUGGCUACUUAUUAGACCUAAUCAAAACAUCUUAGAAAAAUUAGAAUGAUAAAUUGAUUUUAUAUGGCCUAUUAAGGAUACAUUGGUAUUCAUGCAACUCAGUAAGAGAAAAUGAGCAGUGCCUAUGCAACACACUAAUACAAAGAAUUGAUAGGGUAGAGAGAGCAAUCGAUGAAGAAUUUUAAAGUAGAAAUGAUCAAUUUGACUUGAUGAAAAUUCAAAAAUAGAUCGGUUAGAUAGAGGAUGAGAUUUUAAAGCAGGAAGAAUAGGAAUUAUAAAGUCUUAAAAAUAGCCAUUAGGUAACCAAAAUGUCAAUUAAUAUUGAUCACCUAAUGAAUGAAUUGAGGAAAAGUGAAAUUAAUAAGAAAAAAAGCAAUAGCAAUUUCUUAUCUCCAAGAUCAUAAGAUGCGAAAUCAUUAGUGAUUGAAGACUCUAUGAACAACUUUGAUCAUGACAGUUAAAAUAUGAUGAAUCUGCUUGGUGAAGAUGCAAAUACAUUAUAAUAUCCUAAUAAUCAAUAAGCAGCCUUAAACUAAAAAAGUAAUUUGAUUAGAGUGAAUGAAGAUGAAGAAGAUGAGAUACAAGUUCAUCUCUCUAAAAGUGAACUUUAAAAACUGAAAUAUUUGGCAGCAUACAUUCAAUAUUACCUUCUAAAAAAUGAAAUAAAAGGUCUAUUUGAAAUAUUAAUUAUUGAAAGAAGGAAUAAGCUUCCGAUUGAAUGGCAGUUUUUUCUUUUCAAAGUAAAAAUUGAGAUCGAGGACUAUAUGGAUCUAGUUCAUAAAUAGAGAUCAUCUACUACUGGAAGAAUCGAUGUGAAAAAAGUAUACUUAUUUGCAAGGCAACUUUAGGACUUCGAAAUAGGGAUUGAAACAAUUUCCGACAAAUGUCUUGAUUUUUGGAAAGAGCUCUUAAAGAAAUCAGAUUUUGAUGCAAACAAUUUGCACAAAGUUGGAACAGAUAUAACUCUUAUGAACAUCUAAAUACAUAACUUAGUCUAAAGCAUGUUUAAUAUAAAUCCUCAUCACGGCUAUCUCCUCAGAAUAUAUGCAAUUUUUACUUAAAAAGUCAUGAACAAUGAUGAAGAUAGCGAAAAAUACUUUACCAAAUUUCUCAAUGCUCAGAAAACAUUCUAGUCUUAUGAAGCUUCGACUUUGUAAGAGGAGCUAGUUAAGAAUUUUUCGAGUAACAUAAAGUAUGCUGUAAUAGUCAUGAGAGUAAAUACAAAUGAGACUGGUAUAGUUGAAGAUGUUAACCAUGAAAUAAGAAAUUUAUUAGGGUAUAAAAGAAAUGAAGUAAUUGGUAGAAAUAUCCAAGUAUUGAUGCCUAAGUGUGUAGGUAAUUUGCAUGAUUAGUUUGUCUAAAAUUACCUUGAUACUGCAAAACCAAAAAUUCUUAAUAAGCAAAGAGAGGUAUUUGCUUUGAAAAAGAAUGGUUUUCUUGUCCAAGUCUUUAUAUAUGCCACUUCUGUUCCAAUGAUAGAGAAAGAAGGCAUUAAAUUUGUAGGAUUCAUUAAAAAGGUAGAUGAAAAAAAAUAUACAGAUAUUUUACCUCCUCCAAUUGAAUACUAAUUUAGAAAAUCAAUACAAAUAAUGGCAGCUCCUAAUGGAAACAUCUAUGGGAUAAAUGAAUAAGCUUAUAAAAUACUGGGCUUUCCAAAAUACUUUACAGAGGAUUCUGAUGAUAAGCACAGUGAUUAUAAUGUUUCUCAAAUCAUAAUGGAUUACAAUAAAGUUUUAUUUGACUGCUUUAAAACUGCACCUUCAGGAAGAAGAGCUUAUUUAGAUACUGAAAAUCUAAAGCCUCUUAUUAUACCUGACAUGCAUUCAAGCAAUGAUGUUUAACAUAUUAAGAAUUGCUUUGGUACAUAUGAAGUUUUCAUCUAGGCCUGUCCACUUGAUUUUGGAUAUAAGGGUGGAGCUUAUCUACCUAUGAUUAUAUUCAGACUUUAUAUAAUUGAUAGAGUUAAGAAGGAAACAAUGCUAUAAAUUACUUAAUCCAAGAGGAAAUAAACAUCCAAAAAAUCAAUUUUAAGAAGAGAUCCAAGUCGGAUUGAAAGUUAGAAAUCUCCUUUAAUGAGUAGAUUUUAUGGUUCUGAACAUUAAUCACAAAAAAUUGGAAAUUUUUCCCAUACAAUGAGACCUAACGAGGAUAUUCAAUUCGCUAUUGAAGAAGUUGAAAACGAAUUAUCUGAUGAUGAUGUCGAUGCUAAUUAAAUCAAUGUUAACGAUCACUAAUAGAUGCCUCCUAAUAAAUCUCAGGAAAUUUAAUAAUUUCUUGAGUCUAGUCAAUCUUCUGCAUCAUUUAGCAAUGAAGGGAAAUCAACUGACUUAGCUAGACUUAGAGAAUUUAGGAAAAUGGUUAACUCUCGUAAAGAACCCUAAACAGUUAUUUUUCUUAGAAGAUUUGUUAUUUUUGUCACUGCUAUCAUUUUAGCUAUUGAAUCUGUCAAUACAGCAUUUAAAAUUAACUUUUACAAAAGCAUUAGUGAACUAACUACUGCCAGUAUAACUCUAAGUGAUAUUACAAUUUAAUUAUAUUAAAUCCAUUCUAGCAUGAGGAUGCUCAUAAAUAUUGAUAAUUAAAUCAUAAGAGAUGGUAUUUAUGGUUUGAUAGAUGAUGGAUAAUAUCAAAUUUAGCUAACCAAUAACUUAAUAGAAUAUAUUAAUGGUUUAAAUGACAACAAGAAUCGAUUCUUGGAUAAACACUUAUCUUACCUUGAUGAAAUACAAGAAUAUACAAAUGAUCUAUAAUUAAAAACUCUUUUUAAUGAUGGCACCUCAGAAUUUCAAAAGGUUAACUUGAAUUUAGCUCUUGGAUAAGUUAUUUCAAAGGGAAAUAACCUCAUUUAACUCUAAAGGAAAAAUCCGGAGGCUUUUAAGAAUAGGACAUUUAUAUCUUACAUUAACAAAGUCUCUAAAAAUAAUACUAAAAAUAAAAAUGAAACAUAUAACUUUACUUACGGGGAACUGGGAAAUGAAAUAGAUCAAACAACGAAGGAUCUUUAUUACAUUCAUGAGAAUAUAUUUAAUGUACUUAUAGAAAAGUGUGAGCAAAUCACUGAUAACAUAUAAAACCUGAAAGAUGAUUAUACCGACAAGUCUUAAAUUUCAUUUUUGGUGAUGAUCUCAAGUAUUUUGAUAUUAUCAAUGAUAUCAAUAUCGUUGAUAUUCUAUUUCGUGAGGUAAAUUCACAAAACAAGGAUUUAAUCUCUGAGUCUCUAUGCUGAGCUUAAUAUUGAUGACAUCUAAAUGAUUAUCACCGAUCUAAGCAUUUUCAUGAAAAUAAUUAAGAAUAGCAGCGAUGAUUUGAGUAAAAAAAUCAAUUAAAACCCCAACAUAACUAGUGAGGAAGAAUGUGAAGAAGUAGCUUUCUAAGAUAACUACGAGUACGAUGAAAAUGAAUAAUUAGGAACCAAUUAAAUACAGACCAUAAAAUAAAUUUCUCUGAAGAAGAAAAAAAAGUUAAUACUGGACGGUCUAAGCAAUAGUUUUCAUGAAAUUCGCAAACUGCAAAAGCAUGGAUUGUCAGAUUUACAUAUUCAAGCUAAAUUCUAAGAGACAAUCAACAGCUCUGAUUUUGACAGUUUUCAUCUCAAUCAUAUGCUGUCAAAUACAGUCGUUAACAAUAAACCUUAGGGAAAUACAAAUAACAAUAUCAUCAAUGAUUAGCCAAUAAUUAGAUUUGAACAUGCAAGAUCAAUAGAAAUGACAGUUUCUAGGUAAAGCUCAUUUGUUUAAGAAUCUGCAUCUUUAGAACUCGUAGAAAGUAGUAUGGUAGAAAUAAAUGAGAUAGAUUUAUCUUCAAGAGAACUAAAUCCACAGGAAAUUAAAAGAAACAAAUAGACAAAAAAUACUAAAGAUAAAAAGCUGACUCCAUAAUAGAUAGAAUAGCAGAAGAAGUUAGAGGAAGAGGAAAAAAAGGUUGGGAAUCUAGACAAAUUUAAAAUGGUUAAAUCUAACUCAGGGAUAAGAGUGAUAAGCAUUGUUUUGUGUCUUUUUUCUUUUGUAAUCAUACUAGUGAUUGCAAAUUUUGCCAUUUAUGUCCCAAUGUACAAAGAUUUCAAAAAAUCUCAUAGAUAAGAGUUAGUUCUUCUAACAUAGUUUAGAGCUUACUAUAAAAUAUAUAUGCAAUUUAUGCAUGAUUUAACUAAUGGCUCUAUUCAAAGAUCAAUUCCUGAAACUUAUUAAUCAAACUUCAACUUCUACUAGCAGAAGAAAUUUGAUGUAUAACAAGAAAUUAAUCGAAUCAUUCAUACUCACGAUUAAUCGUCAUAUAUAACUGCUCCAAUACAACUUCAAAGUGCCAUUUAUACCUCCGAUUACUGUGAUAAAAUUUAAGAGUAUUAUAGUAUUCUCAACGCUAAUUUCAAUCUCACAUAUUGCUUAACUGUAGAUAAUUAGAUUGCUUAAAAAUAAGGAUUUUAGAUUUAGAUAGAUAGAAUGAUGGGUGAGUUGACUAAGAUGAGAUUAGUAAUGGAGGAUCGUAUUAUUGAUUAUGAUAGGUAUAUAUUGCUAUUUGAUAAGGAGUAGAUUCUUUCAAAGUUAUAAUACAUGAUAAACAACUUAUUUACACCUACAUUCUAUGCAUUAAAAUAUUUGGUUAAAGACAGUUUUGAUGAAUAUAUUAAACUAAACAUGAAUAUUGAUAUUUCUUUACUUAGUGUUUUUGUUGGAGCAUAGCUUUUGAUUUUACUAAUUGCUUGGCCCAAAUUUCUCAGAAAUAUGAAUAACCAAAUAUCAAAGAGCAGAGGAAUCUUGACUCUUAUUCCAAGUCGGUUGAUAAUUACAAACAAUAACAUUAAAAAAAUCAUUGAGCAAAAUAAAUUGCUUACAUAGUGA